AUGGAGUCCAGACAGUCAUCGUGGAGUCCCACACAGCACUGGAACCCACGAGCCACAGCUGUCCUGGCCCAGCAGGCUGCAGUCCAGCAGGACACACUGAGCCCGAGUCGCCCUGCCAGCCGCCAGCCCGGAGAACCAGGCUCCAGUGCACCAGAGGCUCCACUGCAGACAGAUGCCAGAGGCACUGAUGACAUGGCUGGGCGCCACAGGCUCCUCCUGAUGUGGAUGAUGGCCUGGGCUUUGGGCAAUGCACAGGCAGCUCCUGUCACCAAGGCCCUCGGGACCCAGCCAAGUGCCAGGGACUGCCACCUGGGCCACUUGAGGUCCCUCUCCCCGCAAGUGCUGCAGACCUUCAAGAGAGCCAAGGAUGCCUUGGAACAGUACCCCUUGCUGAAGGAGGCAAAGUGCAGCUCCCACCUCUUCCCCAAGGCCUGGGACCUGAGGAAGCUGCAGGUGUGGGAGCGCCCCGAGGCCCUGCGUGCUGAGCUGGACCUGACGCUGAGGGUGCUGGGCUCUGUGGCUGACCCCGCCCUGGGGGACAUCCUGGACCAGCCGCUCAGCACCCUGCGCCACAUCCACUCCCAGCUCCAAGCCUGUGCCCAGACUCAGCCCUCAUCCAGCCCCAGGCCCCACAGCCGCCGCCUGUCCCACUGGCUGCACAAGCUCCAGGCCGCCCUGAAGCAGGAGUCUCCAGGCUGCCUGCUGGCGUCUGUCACCUUCAACCUGUUCCGUCUCCUCACCCUGGACCUGAGCUGUGUUGCCAAGGGACCCCAGUGCGCAUGA